GGGUCGGUGGCGCGGCCAUGGCGGAUCGGGACGGGGCCGGCACGGGCAGCGCCCCGCGGGCCGCGGGCGGCGGGAAGAUGUCCCUGCACAGAUGUGAAACCUGUAGCAAAGAAGAAGCUAAAUACAGAUGUCCACGAUGCAUGAAAUAUUCGUGCAGUCUGUUGUGUGUAAAGAAACAUAAGCUUGCACUGAGCUGUAACGGAGUCAGGGAUAAAACAGCAUUUGUCUCUGUAAAUGAAUUUACUGACUUGAACCUUUUGAGUGAUUAUCGUUUCCUGGAAGAUGUAGGAAGGACAGCUGAUGCUGCUGCUCGACAUUGUACUGUGCAUAGUCCAGCAGCAAAAAGACUUUUACAGUGCUUGAGAAACAAAGCUCGAGGGUGUAAUAUUGAGCUGAAAACGCUGCCUGUGGGAUUUACAAAAAGAAAAGAAAAUUCAACCACGUUCAAUUCCACGGAGAACAAGUUCUACUGGCAUUUGAAGCUCGUAUUUCCUCACUGUCAUGCUGAGUACACUUUAAAACGGGUGCCUGACGAUAAGACACUCACUGAUAUCCUUAAGCCGUACAUUGAUCCAGUGGAGUCAGAUCCUGUAGUUUGUCAAAGAUUAAAAAUCUAUACAGCAUCUCCUCAGUCAGAUGUACAAAUUUUAAUGAAAAUAGAAAACAGGAGCCGAAACUCUGUCAGGUACAAUGAACUGGAUGCCAGUAGAAGCCUCUUAGACAAUUUGAAAGGCAAAGUAAUAAUUGAGUAUCCAACAUUAUUUGUGGUCUUGAAAACACUGAAGAAUGACAUGGUGGUUCUUGGCAAAGAUGGCAGUGAACCUGUAGAGAACUCCGACAGUGAAAGUUCAUCUAUUUCAUCUAUGGAGGAAGGGGAAAUUCGGGACAGUUCAUGACGGUGCUUUGAGAGGAGAGGGUGGAAUGAGCUUUUUAGGUUUUUAAUUAUUUAAUUAAAUGAUUUUUUAUACAACUGAA